AUGGACCGGAGCCUGCGGAACGUGCUGGUGGUGUCCCUGGGCUUCCUGCUGCUCUUCACAGCCUACAGCGGCCUCCAGAACCUGCAGAGCAGCCUGUACAGCCACGAGGGCCUGGGCGUCACGGUGCUGAGCACGCUGUACGGCGCCAUGAUGCUGUCCUCCAUGCUGCUGCCGCCGCUGCUCAUCCGCGCGCUGGGCUGCAAGUGGACCAUCGUGCUGGCCAUGGGCUGCUACGUGGCCUUCUCGCUGGGCAACUUCUACGCCAGCUGGUACACGCUGAUCCCCACCUCCAUCCUGCUGGGCCUGGGCGCGGCCCCGCUGUGGUCGGCGGGGAGCACCUACCUCACCGUGGCCGGGAACGCACACGCGGAGAGCACGGGCCAGGCGGGCCGCAACGUGGUAAACCAGUACUUUGGCAUAUUCUACCUCAUGUUCCAGUUCUCCGGCGUGUGGGGCAACCUCAUCUCCUCCCUCGUGUUUGGCCAGGAGGCCACGAAAGGGAGCGGUGUCCUGGCCGUCCUGCUGGUGGCGCUCUUUCUCGACCCCAUCAGAGACACUCUGCACAACGGUGACGGAGAGAAGCCAUCUGUUCGGUCCACUGUGCUGUCCACGUUCCAGCUUCUCAGAGACAGACGCCUGCGGCUCCUCCUGCUGCUGCCCAUGUACAGCGGGUUCGAGCAGGCCUUCAUGGCGGGGGACUACACCCGGUCCUAUGUUACCUGCGCCCUCGGCAUCCGCUUCGUGGGCUACGUGAUGAUCUGCUUCUCGGCCUCCACCGGGCUGUGCUCCAUGCUCUACGGGCGGGUGGCCCAGUACACAGGCCGGCCCCCGCUCUACGCACUCGGCGCGGUCACCCACCUGUCCUGCAUCGUGGCCCUGCUGCUGUGGGCGCCGCGUCCCAACCAGUUGCCCGUGUUCUUCGUGUUCUCCGGCCUCUGGGGCGUGGCCGACGCCGUGUGGCAGACACAGAACAACGUGCUCUUCGGCGUCCUGUUCGACGCGCACAAGGAGGCCGCCUUCGCCACCUACCGGAUGUGGGAGGCGCUGGGCUGGGUGGUCGCCUUCGGCUACAGCAAGUUCCUGUGCGUCCACGUGAAGCUCUACAUCCUGCUGGCCGUGCUGAGCGCCGCCACACUUGGCUACACCGCCGUGGAGGUCCUGGAGGCCCGGGCCCGGCCCGGCCCCACGGCCACGGCCACGGCGACCACGGCAGAGGACGGAGAGACGCAGACUACGAUGUGA